GGCUCAUAUUGUAUUUGAUUUCCACCAAGCUGCUGAUGGCAUCCAAGAACAACAGAGGCAAGAACAAGCAGGAAAAAAGUAGGUAUUUGGGAACUACCAAAAAAGGAAUUGGUCCAGUAUAUUCUUCAAAAGCAGCUCGAAGUGGACUCAGAAUGUGUGAUCUUGUUUCUGAUUUUGAUGAAUUUUCUGAGAGGUUCAAACUGUUAGCCAAUCAGUACAAAGCGAUAUAUCCUACCUUAGAGAUAGAUAUUGAAGGGGAAUUGAAAAAGCUCAAGGGCUGCAUGGAAAAAAUAAAACCAAUGGUAAGGGAUGGCGUUUAUUUCAUGUAUGAGGCUUUACAUGGACCACCAAAGAAGAUCUUAGUAGAAGGUGCAAAUGCAGCACUGCUGGACAUAGAUUUCGGCACAUAUCCUUUUGUGACUUCAUCAAACUGCACAGUUGGAGGUGUGUGUACAGGUCUGGGUAUGCCACCGCAGAAUGUUGGGGAAGUGUAUGGAGUUGUGAAAGCAUAUACAACAAGGGUUGGAAUUGGUGCCUUUCCUACAGAACAAAAUAAUGAAAUUGGAGAAUUGCUGCAAAUGAGAGGUAAAGAGUUUGGUGUUACCACUGGUAGAAAGAGAAGAUGUGGCUGGCUGGACCUUGUGCUACUCCGAUAUGCCUACAUGAUUAAUGGAUUUACUGCAUUGGCGCUUACCAAAUUGGAUAUCUUGGAUGUAUUUCCAGAAAUAAAAGUUGGUGUUGCAUACAAACUAGAUGGUGAAAUCAUACCUCAUUUUCCUGCCAACCAGGAAGUCUUAAAUAAAGUGGAGGUUCAGUAUGAGACACUCCCAGGAUGGGAUACGGAUAUAUCAAAUGCAAGGACGUUUGAUGAGCUGCCUGUAAAUGCACAAAACUAUGUUCGCUUUAUAGAAAUGGAAUUGGGUGUUCCUGUUAAAUGGAUUGGAGUAGGGAAAUCCAGGGAAUCAAUGAUCCAGCUGUUUUAAAGAUUUCAGAGGCAUGGAAGAAAGCACACUCCUCAAAAGACUGCUCGUUCUUAAAUGCAUUAGUAGCCCGCAAAGCAAAGAUGUUGGGAAGAUAGAUUUUUGCAUGGAAAGAAAUGCUAGAGUUGAUAACCCCAAAUCAAUCGCUACUCCUGAAAGAGGACAUGAACCUGUAUCAGUUCAACUGCAAUUUCCAGGACUCUUGUCAUUAUUGUUCAAGGUGCCAUCAUAUUUUUUUUUUAAUUUACCUGAUAUUUACUUCAUAAUGUAAUUCCUGUUUGAAAAUCUAAGGUAGCAAUUCUUUCAUGACUGUUUGUCUUUGUUAUCCUCUCUCUGCUUUUGGCGGUGUUACUUCCCUGAAAUUUUAGACAGUAAAAAUAAUGCAGUUUUGCACAGAUAGUUUUACAUCCUCAUUAUUUGUAUUCCUAAAGCUGUUGUAUUCUUAAUGGCUGCUGUUGUGUGUGAUUAAAGAGGGGGAUUCUGAUUUUAUAAUGCUAUAAAUGCUGUCUAAAUUAUUGUGUGAUCUGUUUUUUAAAAAAAGAUGUGAUGCCAAGUUGUUAAGAAUGUCCAGGUUUUUUUAGCUGUGUAACACAGAAAACUUACUCUUUGUAACUCACAGAGGAUGCUCAAGUGUUUACCAGGAAGUGUGCCCAGAAAGUUAAAAAUUGAUAUUGUAAAAAGUUCAUUUGCGAUUAUUAAAGAACCAUUUUGAUUUUGAGUUAAAUGUUUUAUAAUAUUACUCUUUUUUUUUUUUUCCUGGCAUUUUAAAAACCCUACACUUCUCUGCUUCCAAGGCACAUAUCUCAAACUGUUUCCCUAAUUAAAUGAGGUUAUAUUUAUAUUCAGUGAGAAGUCUAACAUUUUGAUGCCCUUUUAAAUUCCUUUCUAUGUAGCCAAUAGAAGGUCUUUCUCUGGAGAACUGGCAAAGCACAGAUACUUUU